AAAAAUUUCGCAUCACUCACAUUCGGAGGCUCGUAAAUUGUGAAUGAAAAUCGACAGCUACCGCUAGUAUUAUAUCUAACCGUUAAAAUCAAUUUCCGCCCGAAUACAAUUAGUGCAUAAAAUAGUGAAACGAUUGCCAGAUAUCCGUUGCGCGCGCCGCAAUCAAUAAUACGUCAAACAGGCGCUGGUUGUUCUGCGGACAGUGUAGCAUAAGCACAGAUAUGACGGACAUAGCUCUGACGAUUGUUAAAUGUUCCUCCGCUGUCCCGAAGCAUUCCUUUGAAUGGCGAACGUUGUUGCUGUUCGUUUUGUUGGCGCUAUUCAGUGAAUCAGUGCGAUUCACAAAUGGCGAACAUGUGUCACACUAUCAUCAGCAUAACUUCACCUGUGUGGAUUGGAAGCGUGCACCCGAAGCGGCGGCGGGUAAUUGCACGCGUUAUGGACGUUAUGGUGCGCUACGUUGCUAUGGUGGCAUAAAUAAUAUAGCCACAAUACCCGAGCAAAAAGUGCGUCGUUUAGAGGAGAUCAUUUUCUGUGGCUGGCCUGAGCGCGUCUUUAAUCCGCUCAUUGAUCUGCAGCCAUUUCCGAAAAUACGCUCGCUUAUAAUCGAAUACAGUAAUUUAACCGAAAUCACCUUCGAUUUUCCCGAAAUGUUUUAUUUACAGACUAUCAACAUAUCCUGGACGAAUCUUUCACACAUAAACACUCGCGCUUUCAAGCGUGUUCACGAUUUGCGUGUCGUCGAUCUACGUUGGAAUAAGUUGGUGCAGCUGGAUGGCCCGCUCUUGCUGCCGCGCUACUUUGAAAAGCUCUACUUAGCUGGCAAGUAUCCAGCGGUUUCUCUAAUGGCAGAUGUGUUCUGUCAUAUUUUAAUAUUCAUUAGUUCUUUCAUAGGUAAUCCGUGGAACUGCACGCGUAAUUUCAAAUGGCUUUUGAUACCUGAAAAGGGCGCCAUGGUCGCUGAUCGUGAUGAGAUUAUAUGUGCCGAUAAGAAGUAUAAGGAGCGUCAUAUGUUGACUGUGAUGAAUUAUAAAGUGAUGCUCCGCUCAGAAUGUCAAUCUCAUGAGGAUUUACAAAAUUGUACCUGCACAAUGCAUCAUAUCAUUCCGAAAACUCACAUACCGCUUUAUACCAUCAACUGUAGUAAUUUAGAAUUUCAAGCGAUGCCCAACUAUAUUCCUGAAAAUACAACAACAGUAUAUCUGAAUGAUAAUGAGAUCACCGAUGUACUUCCAUUGCGCAACAAUCCCACUUAUCGCCAUGUGGUGGAUGUACAUUUGGACAACAAUCGCAUAGAGAGCAUCGAUGUGCUAGAGGGCGGCUAUUGGUUCGAGCACUUUCGCUUGCUUAGCCUGCGCGGUAAUAAGCUGCAAAAGAUGCCCGUCUAUGCGCUUGAUAACGCGCUCGACGACAACCCAAAUGCGAAUCUGUUACUACUCAGCGGCAAUCCCUGGCAAUGUACUUGUAUCUUCACAAUGCGCUUCCGCGAGAUACUCAUGAAAUAUAUUGAAAUUAUGCGUGAUGCUCUUAAUAUCACGUGCACCUACAAGCAUAUCAGUCCAAUGCGACGUGCGAAUGUGCUCGCGAUUACGCGUGAGGACAUCUGCAAACCGGAGGAAGAGCCUAAAAUUUAUCCACUGGAUUUACUAAAUGGCGUUUUGGCCUUCCUGAUAGUCUUUAUACUAAGCAAAUUGGCUUACGACUAUUAUCACUAUAAGAACUAUGGACGUGUGCCUUGGAUUGUAAUGAAGUUGCCAUAAAUGAUCUGGAGUUGUUUAGGGAAUGUAUGAAUCCUGUGAAACAUAGAAAAUCUCUCAGUUGUGAUUGAUCGCUGUGUUGUAUUGUUGUGUACUUAAUUAAGUUAAGUUAGAUUUAACAGCCUAAUUCAUAGUCAAUCUUAAGUUUUGAAACAAGUGUGAUUCUAAAAGUAUUCCUUAUAUAUGUAUAUACAUACAUACAUAUAUUAUGUAUGCUAUAACUAAGUAUGUAUAACAAUGUGUUCCAUCUUUGUCUCGGAAACCGACAUAGUUGUGAGUUGCAAUAUACUUAUCAGACAAUCAUAAUUUUAAUUUAAAAUUAAGCUGUAAAAAUCUUUAUAUAUAAAAUAAAGCCCAUUUAGUUAAACCAUUUA